AUGGCGAUUUCUCGGCGUCAGAACGCUGUGAGAUGGCCCAAGUUUCGAAUAAAUCGCAGCUUUAACAGCUGCGGAAAACGUCGUUGCUGCAGCUCCCAGCUCCUCGUAAUUGCGACGCUAUUUGCUAUCGUUAUGACCAACUUUGUGACUGGCACUUACGCCCAAGAACCUAUCAUUUAUCAGCCGGAACAGACCUCAGCACCGUCAUACAUCGCCGGCUCACACAUACUGACAUCGUGGACUCAACUGAGCGACGUGGGGAGCGCCAUUGCGCAGUUUGGCGGCGUCCACGAGUGUUUAGGAGACGUUAAUGCUCGAGUGGACAUCGAGCUCUUUAAGAGCGACCUAUUUAGCUCAUGCCGACAGGAAGCAGCUGGUUACGACGUGAAGGAGCUUCUUCAGCCCUCAGAAGCAUUUGCGGCCCCGUCAGAGGACCACACGACGAGGUUAUGUAGAGCAGAAUCGUGCGCUGCGUGGCUAAAUCAAGCUGCCGAGGCGACGUGGCUACCUGAAUGUAAAUAUCGACAGUCCCAGAUGAGUGUCCGCUCGCUGGCAGAGACAUUGCUGCGAAUUCGAGAGGAUUUAGUCAGUUCAAGUGUGAGUGGAGAAGCAAUAGCCCCCAACGCGAGUUUGUUUCGCGAAUUCUACCAGCUGAACCAGCUUUCCAACCUGCAGAAUGCGAACCAGAAGGUUUUAAGCGAGGAGAACUCGCCUGAAAGGGCUGCGAGGCUGUUGGAGGAUUUCAGCCUGAUGGGCUCAGGUGUCAAUCCACAGCUGAGUACGGCGGUGGAGCCACCUGGAAGCUCCACCAGCAGUACAGGUACCGCCAGAUCACUCACGUCGGGUAGCUCGUCCAGCAACCCCAACACCUCCAAUAGCGCUAGUGCUUCCAGCAACUUUACAAGUGGCUCCAGCAGUUCAAGCAACUCAAAUAGCGUUGGGGAUGAUUUCCUGUCAGGUAGCGACUUCAACUCGAGCGAUACCGCAGGCUUCACCAGCAGCGGCGUCGGCCCACACGCGUCUUCUACCGCCACGACUACCGAACUGACUCCAUCGUACGCCUACGUUGUGGGUGCAUGGGUACUAUUUAACGGCAGCUACUUUUUCCUAAUGCGGAGAAAGUAA